CCCACAUGCCCGACUGUGUUCAGCGUGUUCUAAUCCCACAAUGUUUGAUUAAAUAUUCUAUAUAUUUAAUAGUUAUAGAUGUAAAAUGUCGACCAGAAACUCUGCUGCAGAAGAACUUGCUGAAGAAGAGCGUUCAGCUAAAGAGGAACUGAAUCAGAAGAUCAAGGAACAGAAGGUUGUGGUUGAUGAGCUGUCAAAUCUGAAGAAAAACAGGAAAGUCUUCGUUCAGCAGCCUAACAGCAACAUUUUCUUCCUUGCUGAUAAAGGGGAGACCCUGAGCGCCUGUAAAAAGGACCUGGACAGAAUGAAGAAAGAUUACCAAGAUAUAUAGAGCACCAAGAAAAGGUGCCAUGACUUCUGCUGCUGCUGC